AUGAGUAAUUCCAUAGCUGAUGCGUUUAAGAAAUUGAACGUAUCUGUUGAUUUAAGUCAAUCUGAACAUGACAAAAUAUUCAACGUUUCCUAUGAAUAUUUAUCCAAGGUCAAGAAGUUCAACGAUUUGAAAGCAGCUAAAAACUGUCUAGUUGCCUUGAUUAAUUUGGAUAAAUACCAUAAGGCUGAUCAAAUUAUUAAAAAACUUAACAAACUGUUAGUUGGUCCUUUGAUUCUUGAAAUUUCAUAUAUUUACUACAAAAUUGGCAAGAUUGAUGAAUUGAUCAAAUUAUAUGAAUCAAAUGAAGAUUUACAAGAAGGUGCUUCCAUUGGAUUGAAGCAUGUUUUGGCUCAAUCAUAUUAUAAGAUAGGAGACUAUGAAAAAGCUUUGGAAUUGCAUCAGCAAUUAAUCAGUAAUAACAAGUAUGAUGAUGAAUUGGAUUUAAUGAUCAACGAGAGAGCAAUUAUUUCACAAUUAAAUUUUCAAACUGGAGGCAAAGUGAAUUUCUCUAAAAAGGUUGAAGAAAACAGUUAUGAUUUAUUAUUCAAUGAAGCAUUGAUUGAAUUAUCCAAACAAAAUACAUUCAAGGCAUUGGAUUUGUUGGAAAAAGCUGCAAACUUGUGUCAACAAGAAUUAUCUGGUUCUGAUUUGGAGUCGGAAUUAUUGCCAAUCAAAUUGACUAUUGCAUAUGUUUACCAGCUUACUAAUGAUCAAAGUAAAAGUUUAGAUAUUUUGGAAAAUGUUGAUGUUGAAAAGAUUAAUGAUCUUAUGAUAAAAUUGAUUGUUAAAAACAAUUUGUAUUCCUAUAAAGAUUUGAACAAUGCCAAUGCCAUUGAAAGAGACUUGAAUUACCAACAAAGCUUACAUAAAUUGAGUCAAAAGUUGACUGUUUUACAAUAUGAAACUAUUUUGAAGAACAGCAUGAUGUUGAAGUUUUUGACUGGUACAUUAAGUCAAUCACAAUUGAACAAUCAACUUAUCAAUGAAUUCAAUAAAAAGUUCUGUGGUGACGUCUUGCCUUUGAGUUAUAAACUUAUGCUCAAACUUGAUAUUGACUACAAAGAUUUGCAAGAUAGUUCAAAAUUAACCGUUGUGGGAAGAAAAUUGGUCAAAUUCAUUUCUACUUCAUCAGAUGAACAAUUGAAAGUUGUGGCUACUGUAUUAUUAACAUUUGUUAAUUCUAAAUCUGGUUCAUUUGAUCAAAGUUUGCCAAUAUUAGAAAAAUUAACAGAAGAAUCAUUGGCUCAACCAGUUGUUUCCCCUGGUUUGGUUGGUACUUUAAUUGGUGUUUACGAAAAAACUCACUCUAGUAAGAAAUUAACCGACUUGUUGGUGAAAGUCUUGGAGAAAUUGUUAUACACUCCACAAGAUUUGUUCAAAAAUAUAAACUACUACAACUUUGCCAAAGUUGUUGCAUUCAAAGCAUUAAACCAAGGUCGUGACGAAAAUGCAAAACAAUUGUUUGAAUACUUGUUUGAAGUGAAUGCAAAUGAUCACUUGAUUAAUUCAAUCUUGACUCAUUCAAACAGAGAUUUAUUACCUUUGAAUGAAUUGACAAGUAAAAAAUCCAUUGAUGAAAUUGUGGGUGUUGAUAUUGAUACUUUAAUUCCAACCAGAAAGAGCAAACCAAUCAAAGCAAUUGUUAAAAAACAAAACAAAAUCACCAAGAAAAAGAAGAAUCCUAAAUUUGGUCCUAACAAGGUGUUGAAGGAUGAAAAAGAAUUAACUUUGGAUGAAGAAAGAUGGUUGCCUAUGAAAUUAAGAUCCUAUUAUAAGCCAACUAAGAAGGAUAAGAAAAAGUCAAGUGGAGGACAACAAGGCUUUACUGAAACCAGUACACAUAGUUCAUCCCUGUCAAAUAAUAAAAAGAAGAAGAAGAAAGGAAAGAAGUAA